CUUUGCCAGUCGGUGGGUGUUCGGAAGAGAAGACAUAGCCGGUGAGAUUUUCUCUCGGUACUGUCAGGACACCGGACAGCGUCACCCGUUCUUACUUGUAUUGUCUUCAAACUUUCUGACAUGGCGAUGAAGAUAGUAGCGUGGAGGCGACACUGGGCUUUACGUUUCACUAUUGUUUCAACACCUUUCGGUUUGAAGUGAGGUGUUCACCGGAGUCGAUUCCCAACGCCUUUUCCCACCAUUUUUUUUCAAGAAAACAUUAGUUAUGUGGUCACAGUAGACACUCGUGUUGUGUGUCAAGUUCUUUUCCGCUUUAUUGUUGUUUUUUCCCUUUGGCUGGAGCUCUGAAGUCGGGAUCGAGCACUCUGAGGAGGUGGUGCUGAAAAUGGAGGCUGUUAUCGAGAAGGACUGCAGCGCGCUUGGAGGACUCUUCCAAACUCUUAUCGGAGACAUGAAGAGCAGCUACCCUGUUUGGGAGGACUUCAUUAUCAAGGCUGGCAAACUGCAGUCCCAACUGAGGGCCACAGUGGUCGCCUUGGCUGCCUUCUUGGACGCAUUUCAGAAAGUGGCUGACCUAGCUACCAAUUCAAGAGGAGGAACCAGAGACAUUGGAUCUGCUUUGACCAGGAUGUGCUUGAGACAUCGCAGCAUUGAAGCUAAAUUCAAACAGUUCUCCAUGACCUUCCUGGAGGCUCUGAUCAACCCUCUCCAAGAUCAAAUGGAGGAGUGGAAAAAAGGCAUCAACACUUUGGAUAAGGACCAUUCCAAAGAAUAUAAGAGAGCUCGACAGGAGAUCAAGAAAAAGUCAUCGGACACACUAAAACUUCAGAAGAAAGCAAAAAAAGGUCGUGGUGAUAUCCUGCCCCAGUUGGACAGCGCAAUGCAGGAUGUCAGCGAUAAAUACAUUCUUUUGGAAGAAACCGAGAAACAGGCCCUGAGAAAGGCUCUCAUCGAGGAAAGACAAAGGUUCUGCUCUUUUGUAGCCAUGCUGCGGCCUGUGGUGGAUGAAGAGAUUUCUAUGUUAGGAGAGGUUACCCAUCUCCAGUCAAUCUCUGAAGACCUCAAAUCUCUGACCUCUGACCCGCACAAGCUCCCCCCUGCUAGUGAACAAGUCAUCUUGGACCUGAAAGGUUCAGACUAUGCUUGGUCAUACCAAACUCCUCCCUCCUCUCCCAGCACCUCAGUGUCAAGGAAGUCCAGCAUGUGCAGUAGUCUGAACAGUGUUAACAGUAGUGACUCCAGGGGAUCCAGCGGCUCUCACUCUCAUUCUCCUUCCUCCUCUUCUUCCUCCUCUUCCUCACACCACCUCUUCCACCACCAUCAACCCCGCCACCGAUACCGCAGCUCCACGCUGUCCCAGCAGGCCUCGGCUCGCCUCUCCAGCAUCUCCUCCCACGACUCUGGCUUCAUCUCUUCAUCGCAUGACCAGUACUCCUCAUCCAAAUCAUCCUCACCGAUGCCAGCUGAGAGCAAGCCUUGUGCUAGUUCCAGCUCCUCUGAUGUGUCAGAGUGUGGGCAGCUUCACAGUGACUCCAACAGUGAACCUCAUCCUAUUGAAGCUGCUGCUGCAACGCCACACACUGCUGACGAGCAGCUGUCCAAUAGUUUUGACCACUAUAGCCCAGCCAACUCCCCCUGCAACGGUGGGAGUCUGAGCUCAGGCUCGGACACAGCCUUCCCUUUCUUCCCUCCAUCCUCCACUUCCUCCUCCUGCCCCACACGGCCAUGGUCACGUCCCGCCUCAGCUCUGCUGCCAGACUUCCCUCACCACUGCCCAAUGGGCUCCCUCAUGAUGCCUUCCUCUCGCGUCCCCAGUUGGAAGGACUGGGCAAAGCCAGGACCAUAUGACCAGCCCAUGGUGAACACAUUGCGCAAGAAGAAAGACAAGGGGUCGCCAGCUAUAUUGGACUGUAAUGGAGGUACGGGCACUGUAAGCAGUGCACCGCAAAGCCUUUCAACCCCAACCCCAGCUACAGCUGAAAUGCAGACCCCCCAAAAGGCUUCAGUCGACAAGAGGAACAGGACCGCACCUGUCAAGGCUGGUGAGUUUGAGGCCCAUGAUGAACUGGCUCUGGCCUUAUCUAAAGGCCUGGAACUGGACACCCAGAGGUCCAGUCGGGACUCGAUCCAAUGUUCCAGUGGAUACAGCACUCAGACUAAUACACCCUGCUGCUCUGAGGACACAAUACCCUCACAAGUGUCCGAUUAUGACUAUUUCUCAAUGGCUGGGGACCAGGAGCCUGAGCAGCAGCAGUCUGACUUCGACAAGUCAUCCACCAUCCCCAGAAACAGCGACAUCGGCCAGUCCUACCGACGUAUGUUUCAGACCAAGCGGCCCGCCUCCACCGCCGGCCUGCCAAGCACACAGGCUCCCUACUCUCCGCAGACAGUCUACCCCACUGGAUCCCAUCCCUCCACACCCACUCACAUAGGAAAUGUUACAGCUACUGGUCCUUAUCCUCCUGCUGUGACAGGCAACUCAAAUCAUGGGUUUUAUUCCGGAUCCCAUAACCCCUCUGGCUCCUAUUCCACGGGCCACGGUCCAGUCAUCAUCACUCCUGGCAUUGCCACAAUCCGCCGCACCCCCUCCUCAAAACCCUCUUCCCGCCGCGCAGGCUCACUAGGUUCUGGUCCUAUUCCUAUUCGCACACUUGUCAUCCCGGUAAAAAUCCCAACAGUCCCUGACAUGUCGGGGGUGCCAAACGGGAGCAGGAGUGUGGAGGAGAUGGGGAGAGAGAGUUCCGAGAAUGCUGGCACGCUGCCUGUGGCGUCUUGGAGCGGUCAGGCUUCGACCAACCCUCCCACUGUCCCGCUGCCCAACCAGCUGGCCCAGCGGCACCCCCACAAUGAGCCAGUAGGAGACAAGGCAGAUGGCAGCAUGUUGUCGGCCAUCCGCAAGGGCGUCAAGCUCAAGAGGACCCUCACUAAUGACCGCUCUGCACCACGUGUUGCGUAGUGCCAUCCAUUAACUUCUUAUUGUGUAUUCAGCAAGCAAAUGUUCCUUCUUUUAGAUGCCAUGUUUCCUGUUCCACUGUGAGAAUACCUACCUACUGAAGUAUUCGGCAGUGAGUUCACGUCACCUGACAAAAACAAAUAUAAAAGAUACAAACACUGUAUAUAACAAACAGGGCAAUUGCAGAACCACAUCUGGUACACCCUGCACCACGAGUCAGUCUCAGAAGAUUUUAAAUUGGACAUUUCGGGACGAAAAACUGACGUGUUUUUGCCGAUUUGAAUCCAUAGCUGUGCAAUUACAGAGGUGUCCCUAUUGAAUUGAAUUGGUUAAUGUUCCACACGAGGAGGCUAUUUGAACAUUGGACAACAAGAAACGAGGUGGAUAAAUCCAGAGAAGGAGACUUUAUUUAAGGACAUUUCAGCAGCUGCACACAGAUGUGCUCAAAGCUGUCCUCCGUCCUGUGUCCUUUAAAUUUGUCCGCAACACCACUGUGACACCUUUGACAGCUUAAAGCCUGCCGUCCUAGUUAAGGAUGGGGACUGCAUCGUCAAGCAUCACAUAAAAGAGGCUUCUAUGUAAAGAGUCACACGUUGACCUAUGAAUUGAUUUGUUGCUUUAUUGUUAUGUCUAUGAUUUGUAAACGUUUGUUGCCAAAAAGUGUGUUGCUGCUUCUCACAUUGGGUCCCAACACUUCUAUCAGAAUCUUCCCUUUUUAAAGUAGGAAUCUCAAUGUCAGCCUUGUUGUACAAACAUGUUCUUUAUCUAGAUGUUGCCUUGGGGCAUCACUUUGUUUAAGUUUGUUCUAUCCAAGUCUAAUAUGAGCUGCAAUAUUUACACGCCAAGGUUUGUACAGUACAGCCCCUUUAUCUUUUAGCAUUUAUUGUCCAUACUGUCUCUGUAGUUCAUAAACCUUACUAAAGUCGGGGGGGGAAAAACACUUACUAUAAGCGAAUUGGGAAAAGGUUCUGAAAGUCAUUCAUUGUAAGAUGUAAAUAACGGCAAUGUAGCAUUUAAGAUUUUUCCAUCUGUCACGUGUGGACAUUGUGUGUUCGAGAUACAGUACAGAAUGACAACAAGUAGAUACUUCCUGUGUGUACAAUCACAACACAAUGCUUUGUAUUUAGGACAUCCUGUUGGUUCUGUAGGAGCACAAUGAGGCUUUACUUAACAGUUUGUGUAUGUACAUUUCAGUUCAAGCACUGUGAGACCACGCUGACUAACAACGUAUCAGACUUGUAAAUAACUGUCGGCGCAAUUUAAGUUAUUUUCUCUCUUCAUUUUAUACUCCCAGAUAUCACAUUUGGCUCUAUUCAUGCACAUACAGUCUGAUGAUGUGUGAUGAAUCCUAUUUUACUAAUAUUGAUUUGUUUGUGGCGUCAGUGCUAUGAAUCCCCUUAUUUCACACCUGCAUGUAGCAACUAGAACGUAUGGAGCCAGCUGUUUAGGAAGUAAAUCACAGUCAUAAUAAUAAAUGUGUCUGACCUGAAGGUCACUGCUCACAAAUAUUGGCUGUGUAAUGGGCAUAUUUCAUCACUAUUACUCUACUGAUGAUACAGACUUAUUUGGCACGGUCAAGAGCAUGUAGUCUCCCAACAACUCACUUCCCGCUAUGUUUAAUCUCUAACCUGAUUUACUCUCCCAAAGAUGUGUGAUGGAUUAUAUUCCAACACCAAGAAGGCAUCUACAUCUGUUGAUGUGACCAACCCUGAACAAUGCAUUUACCUCCAUACUGUUACAUUUCAAGCAAUGGUUGUACACGUGAAACAACACCUAUUUGUCAAUAUUGUUAAUUGUCUAAAACUCCUAUUAUCCACCUUUGUAUUUAAAUUGCCAGUAUAUCGAUUAUAUAUUAUAUCAGAGUUCCUUAUUGUUUGUGUGUUUUAUGAUAUAUAUUUAAAAAAAAAAAAGGCUUUACUGUACAAUGUAAGGAGUUGAUUUUAGUAGAGUUUUUCUGUCCCUCCACAGUGCAACAGGCAAAGAUGCAAUUUAUUUCCAAUACUUUAAUGGUUGUUGACAGCUUUAGCAAUAUAAUAAAAACAAGAAAUGUG